UCCGGGGGAGGCGGCGGAAGGAGGGCAGGCCCCAGGCGAGCCGGAGGGAGGGCGAGAGGGAGGAGUUUUCCAGCUGGGCUUCACCCGCUCGCCGCGCAGCCCCUCGGCCCCGUCUGUCUCCUCCGCCCCCUUAAGGCGCGCGGCGCAGCCGAGCCGGAGCCGAGCCCAGCCGAGCGAGCGCCGUGCGCGCCAUGGGGAGCCCCGCACUCCGGGCCGCGCUGCUGCUGCCGCCGCCGUCCCUGCUGCUGCUGCUGCUGCUGCUGCGGGUCCCGCCGAGCCGCGCCUUCCCAGGAUCUGGAGACUCACCGCUAGAAGAUGAUGAAGUCGGGUAUUCACACGCUAGAUAUAAAGAUACCCCAUGGUGCUCCCCCAUCAAGGUGAAGUAUGGGGAUGUGUACUGCAGGGCCCCUCAAGGAGGAUACUACAAAACAGCCCUGGGGACUAGGUGCGACAUUCGCUGCCGGAAGGGCUACGAGCUGCACGGUUCUCCCCAGCUGGUGUGCCAGUCAAACAAGCGGUGGUCCGACAAGGUCAUCUGCAAGCAAAAGCGGUGUCCCACCCUGGCCAUGCCGGCGAAUGGAGGGUUUAAGUGCGUAGACGGCGCCUACUUUAACUCCCGGUGUGAGUACUACUGCUCGCCAGGGUACACGUUGAAAGGGGAGCGGACGGUCACGUGUAUGGACAACAAGGCCUGGAGUGGCCGCCCAGCCUCCUGUGUUGAUAUGGAACCUCCUAGAAUCAAGUGCCCGAGUGUGAAGGAACGCAUCGCUGAACCCAAUAAGCUGACGGUCCGGGUGUCCUGGGACACCCCGGAAGGAAGAGACACAGCGGAUGGCAUCCUAACUGAUGUUAUUCUAAAAGGCCUCCCCCCAGGCUCGAAUUUUCCAGAAGGAGACCACAAGAUCCAGUACACAGUCUAUGACAGAGCUGAGAACAAGGGCACUUGCAAAUUUCGGGUUAAAGUACGAGUCCGACGCUGUGGCAAACUCAACGCCCCGGAGAAUGGUUACGUGAAGUGCUCCAGUGACGGCGACAAUUACGGGGCGACCUGUGAGUUCUCCUGCAUCGGUGGCUAUGAGCUGCAGGGCAGCCCUGCCCGAGUCUGUCAGUCCAACCUGGCCUGGUCUGGCACGGAGCCCACGUGUGCAGCCAUGAAUGUCAACGUGGGUGUCAGAACAGCAGCGGCACUUCUGGAUCAGUUUUACGAGAAAAGGAGACUCCUCAUUGUGUCUGCCCCCACAGCCCGGAACCUUCUCUACAGGCUGCAGUUGGGAAUGCUGCAGCAAGCGCAGUGUAGCCUGGAUCUUCGACACAUCACGGUGGUGGAGCUUGUAGGUGUGUUCCCGACCCUCAUCGGCAGGAUAGGAGCAAAGAUCAUGCCUCCAGCCCUAGCCCUGCAGCUCAGGUUGUUGCUGCGCAUCCCACUCUAUUCCUUCAGUAUGGUGCUCGUGGAUAAGCAUGGCAUGGACAAGGAGCGCUAUGUCUCCCUGGUGAUGCCUGCGGCCCUCUUCAACCUGAUCGACACUUUCCCCUUGCGAAAAGAGGAGAUGGUGCUGCAAGCUGAAAUGGGCCAGACCUGUAACACCUGAUGUGACGGUUCCUCUCUUGGUGGUUCCUCCUUUCGUUCUCCACAGCACAUGGAAAGGCCAGAAAAAUAUUCUUGAUGUACAGAUUUUUAUUUGUAAUUUUUAAAGUCUAUUUUAAUAUGAGCUUUCUUUGCACUUAAAAAUUACCAUGGUGCUUUUUGUACUUUGAAGUGUACUCCCCAGAAAUGGUGACUAUGAUAGGUACUCUUUCUCCUUCUUCCAAUCAUGGCUGGUCAACUUUCUAGAGAAAUUAGAAACUACAAUCUUCUACAUGCUUUCAGUGUGUUAUUCAGUGUAACACAUAACUUACUUCUAUUUUGUUUUUUAUAUAAAACAUAUCAAUAAAAUAUUUUGGAGCAAA